CCAACGGUCAGUUCUCGUCGUCUCCUUCAAAACCCGCUCGCCGCCCUCCCCGCCUCUGCCCUUAAACCCUCCCAAAGCCCGCGGCCGUACUGCUCCCCAAUCCUCUCUCCUCCACGUACGGCACAACUGGCACCUCAUUGAAGCCGAGAGAUCGAGGUCGAGAGUCGAGAGAGAGAUGGCGGCGGUCGCGAAGCAGGGGAUGUCGGCGUACGAGGCGGCGCGGGAGCGGACGGUGCUGGAGAACAAGCGCAAGAUGGAGGCGCUCAACCUGCACCACCUCUCCGCCGCCGUCAAGGAGGCCCCCAAGACGCCUUCCCCCAUGAAGCAGAAGAGGCGCAGGAUCAUCGAGGAUGCAGUCGUGGUUCCCUCGCCUCCGAGGAGGUCCCGCCGGCUUGCCAACCUCCCUGAGGUCAAGUACGCAGAGAUAGCACCACACAGUGCAGAUAGAAUGACAAGGUCUCCUAGAAGACCAACUGACCUCAUCCACUUGGCAAGCCGCGGAUCAAUUUCCAUGAAAGCUAGGAUGGAGGCAGCAAGAAAGGCCGAGGAGCUAGAAUCACAACUUGACCCUGAAUUCCCAUCCUUUGUGAAGGCAAUGCUGCAUUCACAUGUGGUUCGAGGUUUUUGGCUGGGUCUCCCGAGCCAUUUCUGUGACACUUACAUGCCAAAGCAAGACUCCAUUGUCACCUUGGUGGAUGAGAAAGAUGAAGAAUUCGACACCAACUACCUUGCCUACAAGAAGGGGUUAAGUGGUGGCUGGGCUGGUUUUGCUAUAUGUCAUGGGAUGCAGGAUGGAGAUGCAGCUGUUUUUCAGUUGAUUAAGCCCACGACCUUCAAGGUGCAUAUAAUCCGAGCAGCUUCUGAUGAUCACAGUGAGGAGGAUGAAUGACUGCAUCACGCAACAGCCAUACUAAGUAGUACUAACUUAUCAGGAGGUGGAAAGUGGGAUUUUGUUUAUGUUUUAGGCUUUAUCUAUCAGAAUUGGCCUAGUAAUGUAUUUUGUUUCUGCGUCUGUCGGUACUACUAGUGACAUGCCUAAGUUGCAGAAAUCAUAACUCGCAAAA